CCAAACUUCCCCCCAUAAAUUCUGCAACCAUCAAAAAUAUAUUCAACCGAAACUCCGAUUCCCACUUCCACACAAACGAAAGUGCGCCCUAACAGAUUAUUGAAUCAAACGUUCAUCGUCUUCUGUAUCUCCAAUUUGUUUUCCUCUCUAUUAUUUUGAUCCCGAAUUCGACUUCUUUAGCGGUGAAUUCAUACACAUCAAUGGCGAAAGAACCUUCUAGUACGAGCAACGAUACGGCGUCGCCUUCUUCGUCGCCGUCGGCGGAUUCGUACAUCGGAAGUUUCAUAAGCGUAACGUCAAAGUGCGAGAUUCGUUACGAGGGCGUUCUGUAUUAUCUCAAUCCUCAAGACUCCACCCUCGGCCUGAAAGAUGUGAGAUCAUACGGAACAGAGGGGAGAAAGAAAAAUGGGCAACAAGUUCCUCCAAGUGACAGAGUUUAUGAAUACAUCCUGUUUCGUGGCAGUGACAUUAAAGAUUUACAAGUUAAAACUGCUCCACCUGUUCAAAAAGAGGACCAGAUAUUCACUGAUCCUGCAAUUAUUCAGUCAAACAUUUAUGAAGGGCCCUCAAGUUCAUCAAAAUCAAUGUCAGCUACUGGUGGAUCUUUGACAGAAUCCAACUUGCACAGUGAACCCUCUGCAAUGAAUGCAAGAUCCUAUUCAAACAUAUUGCCUUCACAUCAAUCUGGAACACAGUUGGGGAUAUGGAAUUCUUCUCAGUCGACAAAUAGUGCUGCUUCAUCUUAUGGCAUGCUGACACAAAUGCAGGGAUAUGGUGGAGUGCCAGGGAGUAAUGCUGCUGCUCAACAGCACUCCUUAACAUCAAGUACAACUUUGCAUCCCGUGCAGAAUCAGGCAUCUACAGCCGUCGUAUCGACAAAUUUAUCCAAUAAUGUUUCUCCAGGGCAUUCACAUGCAACAUCGAGUUCUAUAUAUUUAAAUGCUACACCAACUCUUUCUUCUGAGCUGUCCAAGCCCUUUACGGAUUCGCUUUCUUCAAAGAUAUCCCUGCCCUUUCAUCAUUCCACAUUAAUAAAUUCUAAUGGAUUGACCAUGCCUUUUUCAUUAACCUCCCAAAACACAAGCAGCAUCGAAUCUCAUGUUGUUAGUAAAGUAGUUCUUGACCCUGUGUCAUCACUUCCUGUUCAGUCCACAACAUAUUCCACACCAUCUGUUUCAGAUCCAAUAUCAGACCCCUUGUUUAAGCAACAACAAACAUUGCUAACCCCAAAUCGGUCUCAGCCCAAACUAUCUGAAAAUCCCGCAAAGACAUUGUACCCUGAUCAGAAGGUUAUGGGUGUUAUGAGUUCAAUGCCUCUGAAUUUCUCAUCCUCAGCCACUACUCCUGCAGUUCAACCCCCUCUUUUGCCACUGCCACCUCCUUCACAAAAGUUGCAAUUUUCUUCUCAGUUCACUGAAGAAUUUGAUUUCCAAGCAAUGAACGAGAAGUUUAAGAAAGAUGAGGUUUGGGGGUAUCUUGGAAAAGCAAACCAGAGAGAUAAAGUAGAGAGGAUACAAGAAAAUGGAACAAGUGGCCAGGACCCUGGGGAGGAUAACCCUGACUUGGUAUCUGAUACUGAGCCUAAGCCUGCAUAUAAAAAAGAUGAUUUCUUCGACACCAUAUCUUGUAAUGUUGUUGGUCGUGGAGCUAGGAGUGGGCAGAUUCGAUCAUCUGAGCGAGUGAAGUUGGAUUCUGAGACAUUUGGCACUUUCCAGAGGAGAACUCAAAUAGGUUAUGGUGCAUAUAGAGCAGGUUAUGGUGGACAUAGAGGUGGACGUGGUGAUCACCGUGGUCCAUACAAUUGGGGUAGAGGGUAUAACUACGGUAACAGAGGCCGUGGGGGCUAUAAUACGAGGAGAUGACAUUGGAGACCUUACUAUUCAAAACCAAGCAGUAUCAUCUUUAUUCUCCAAUAAACUAAUUCUGCAAACUGAACUCCAGUUAAUGACAAUGGACCGACAAUAAAUGGGAUUUAGCCAGGAGGAGUCAUUACUAGAUCUUUUUGGCACAUUUUGAAGGCUUAGUUAUGGCAAGGCCAUGUAUUUUUUUUGCUCUGACCCUGCCUCUACUUGUUAUGCUCCAGUUUCUAAGUACUAUAGUACAUGGCCUAAAAUAUGGCUGGAUAGCCAAUAAUCUUAUUUUUAUCAAUGUUUACUUGAAACUAAGCCUUUAGGCAUUUUUGUGAUUAUAGAAAUAAAAUAAGAAAAACUAAAAUAAGAAAUUAUGUGAUUACUCUUAA